CAGUUCGUGCUAACCUGCCCUGCCAUUCUAUGAAAAACGUGCUCUCCCGUCUCCGGCUGCCCUGGCGCUCUGCCCGCUGUCCGCCUGCCUGCCUGCCUGCCCGUCUUUGCGUCUGCCGGCUCACCUUGGCUUCAGGCUUCUCGCUGCUUUCCAUUCCUCUCCCGCCCCUGUAGAGGAAGUACCUCUCCCGCUUCUCCGCCUCCGCCUUGACUUCUUCCUACAACACAACCUCAACCUGAAGUGUGUCGCAUGGCCAAUGUCUCGACCGCCUUCGACUCUUCACCUGGAAUAAUCCGUACCACUCUCGCUUAGCUUUCGUCAAGUCUGCUCUGUGCACCCUUCCGCGACCGCGCGAGAGACACCACACACAGAGACGAAAAACAGACAAGAGACGGACCGCCGCAACCAUCCAUUGGCUACGUACCCGGUCCUCUCUUUUCCGAGUCCGCCAUCCGCCGCCGACUCGCACGUUCGCGACUUGCACUUUGCGAGUCCCAAACUCGAUCCCGCCCGAGGCGUCAGUUGCCAUCCGAGUUCUUCAUCUCACCUUGUCGCGAGACCUACCUUACCUAUAAUCAUCCAAGGUACCUGUAUACCUUUUGACCGAAAGUGUCGAUUACUGCUUUCAUCCAUACCUAGGGUACUGCUCUGUAUAUCCUACCACCCCAAUCUGGAACCUCGAUCUCGAACCAAGAAGGACUUCUGCCAUCUUCCUUUUUCGGGCGAGUGUGUGGCUACUGAACUGGACCCCCCUACGACCCUUAUUGGUCGGCCCAGGCAGAAGAAGAAACGAACUCGGUGUAUCAUGGCUCAACGAACAAGCUCGCAGAAGCUACCUCUCGGUCUUGCGGGCGUGCUCAAUGCACCCGAAGACAAUCGAGACUCGGCUUAUUACUCUGCGACGGAUGCCUCAAGCAAGCACACGUCGGCAGCAUCAGGCGUCGGUGUCUUCACUCCCAACGGCUCCAACUUCCAGCCUUCUCCGAUCGACAAGACGUCCCCGUCCCCCACGAACACAUCGAACCUUCAGCCCCCGCAAUCGCAUCUUUCGUCGGUAAGCAGCAACAUGAGCGUUGCCUCCAUGGUUUCCCCCACAACACCGGGUAGCGCAGACCCCAAACGCUUCGACCGGCCUCAGUCCUACGAAUCAGGGCCCAAUGGCGCCCCCUUGCCACUCAAUAGUGACUUGGAGGCCAUGUCUAGGAGAGGAAGUUGGGACAGCAGACAUUCCCUAAAUCAGGGAUUUAACGACAUGCGGCUCGGAAACUCGCCAUAUGCGAGCCAGAACCAGUCGACAACAUCAAUUCAUCAGACUCUACAGCAGCAGCGUAAUCCGCGGUCGGACAUGAACGCUCUUACCAAUCACCGCAUCUCCAAUGGCUACCAGCCAAGCGCUGAGCGGAAUCCAGAUGGGCAAAGCAGGACGAGGGUGGCGCCCACCAUUACUGGGCCGGCAACGAGUCAGAUUGCUCGGGCUGCUGAGCCUACUAAGGGCCAGGCGUGGGCUUUCCCAGAGGAGGAGAUACAGCGCGUCACUUCCUCCAGUCAGUCUCUGAUCGACUCUAGGAGGAGCAGCAUUGCCGAGUCGCUGGCGAGCAGCCACUUCACCAUGGACAGUAGGCUGCCAUCAGGACAAAGACGUCUUGAUGACAACUACCCCCAUAGGCUCUCUAGUGUAUCUGCGGAUUUUGCGAAUCCAACCGUGCACCACCACCAUCACCACAGCCUUCAACACAGAGCAAUUAGUGAUCUGCAAAACGAGGAGGGCGGCUCGCAUGCUGGCUCUCAGCCGUACAGCAGGACACCCGAGUUGCGUGUUAGUCACAAGCUGGCGGAGCGCAAGCGGCGCACCGAGAUGAAGGAGCUAUUCGAACAAUUGAGGGAUUUGAUGCCUCAGGAGCGCGGCUCCAAGGCAUCAAAGUGGGAAAUUCUCACAAAAGCCAUCUCCGAACAUCAACGCAUGAGCAACCACAUACAGGUGUUGACGUCGACGCUCCAUAACAAAGAUCGCGAGAUUGAACAUUUGAGACACGAGCUCCAGCGAGCCCAGAUGGAGGCCAAUAGCUUGAGACGGUCACAACCCGCUCCUAUGGGCGAAACCUACGGUUUUGAGAACAGGAGGUCCCAACAGGAAUUGCCACCACUGCGUACUACCCUUCAAGCUGCCGCAGCUGCCCCAGCACCAGGAAUUGACGCCAUGACCGGAGUCCAGUAUGAGGCACCUCGAGUGAACGGUUUCCGCCCUCCCGAGCCGAACAGAUUCUAGGAGUUUGUUCUAACCAAGACAUCGAUGAGCCGAGCUUCAUUACACUCUUCAAUGCACUCUUGCACGCGUUCGCUGCGUCACUUGAGAAGAAGAAGUUCAGUGUAACAGGCUUCCUCUGAUGUACAGUUACGGCACUGGCCGUCUUUGUGAGCCCCACUCACGGAUGGCACAUAUGUUCCUUCUGAGGAACCUUGCGACAUGUCUUGAUUAUUGUUGCCUCAGGGAGGAGAAGUUGGAGUUGCGGCAAUUGCUCCAGGCGUGCAAUUUUACUUGCGCCCAGCUUUACUCCGUUAUUCCGCUAGGGCUUGAUCAAACAAAAGAAGGCAUAGCUAUUAUCGACAGCGAAGGUAUGUCUUUCAUGACAUCUUGCCUCUAUAUUUCGAUUCUCGUCAUCCGGUUCUCCAAAAAUUAAUCUUCGUUGUAUGUUUCACUGGGCCAUGGGAUUCAGCGAGCAAAGCGGUCGGGAUAUGGGUGGCUUGUUUUGCGGUUUCGAUGGGAACUUCCUGAUUCAAAGCCAGGUUGAGUAUACCCAUGGCUUUUUUUGGUGUGCAUCCUUUCAGAAGGGGAUGCUCUUCCUUCAGGAAACCCGCUUCUUACUUUCUCUUUUUCCAUUAGCUGUGCACCCAGGAAGGUUUCGGCGUUUCAUGAACUCAAUGGGGAUCCUGUAACAGGUGGAAAUUGGUGUACGAAUGCGGAGCUUCUGUCUUUUUCGCCGUUCUACUCUUGACGGUUGGCAUGGUUGUCGUUGUGUGAUCUUGAACAGUAACGAUCUGCUGAAAGGUACAAGCGCGGUCAGGCCAAGAAAGAAAGAGGGGGGAAAGGAAAUGAAUUACGGAGCUAUGGCUAUGGCUGUGAAGUGUGCUGAGGAUAGUGAAUAGACAGGGGAAAGAAAGGCCGCGCGCGGAAACCAACCUGGGUCCGGGAAUUAUAUAAUCGUGGACUGGAAAUGGCAGAGAAGAGACACUACCGAGAGAGUGAGAAAGAGAGAGGUCCAUCGUCUCAGGGGAAUUUGUAGUGGAGAGUUCAACGACGAAUGCGUUCUAAGGCGCUGAAAGCUACUUAGUCAAUGGGGAUUUGGACUUGUCAUGUCACAAACCUUCACUACCUUCCCGUCACGGUAGCAAACAGAAGCAAAAGGUUACCAUGGCGAUACAAUUUCGUUGCGCACUUUGGUUCCCUCCCUGUUCUUGCCAAUACCAAGGAUCGUCAAGCAUGGAAGGGAUCGUUACAUAAUCGACAGCCCCGGGCCCCUGGUUCUAGACCUCGACACUUUAGCUAGCCAAGAGCAAAAUGUAUGUUUGCUCUUUUCAGCUUGCUGAAUCGAAAAUACUGUCAACAUUCAAGUUGUCCGGCAUUAUACUGCUACAGCGCUUUGUACACAAGCCGUAAUCUCUCUUUCGAUCUUUUGAACCAUCAGCCAGCCCAGCCGGCCAAGCCUGUGGGUAUUUUAAGUCAUAUGUUAAACGACCUCAAAAGGGCAUCUGAUCCUCAAACACGAGGAACAAGUAGUGUAAACGACUACAACC